CUUUUCUUGAUUCCCAAGCUUAGUUUCCACAUCAACAAGAAAACUAUAAAUACCGUUUCAAUAUGUCGUUCCAGAGAAUUCCCCUGUUCGUUUGAGUUUAAGUCUUCAGCUUGCUUUUCAGAUUACAAUUGGAAUUCAAUUUUGAUCCUUCGAUUUCCGUUCUUACCUUCGAAGAACAGCUCCGGAUCCAGCCGUUAUAAUGCAGCAACUCCAGGAGUGCAUGUCAUUCUCCGCCAUGGAAAGCCGUUCAAGUUUGUGCGCGGAUGCUGAGCAGGAAGUUGUUUCCGAUUGCGAGAGCGUGGUUUCAGAUACUUCGACGGCCUUUGGUGAGGAGAUCAAGGAUUUCGACAAGGAGAUGAUUAGAGUCGGCGAAGACGAAAGGAUUCAUCAUCUAAUCAGGCAGAAGCUUCUAGCAGGCGGCCUGGGAGAUCAUAAUACUUCAAUCGAGGCCGUUCGUAGGAAUGCUUUUCCGAGCUCGACUAAGAAGGCGAAGCUUCAGGCGUUUGAGAUUUUCGCCAAAGCCGCGGAGGAAUCCGGCGGCGACGGGAGUGCUAAUGUCCGGUAUGCUUGGUUUGGAGCUUCCGUUGAACAUAUCAACACCAUUCUCUCACACGGCUUUCUGCCUUCUAUGAUUAGGAACGGAGACCACGGCUAUGGAAUCUACCUCUCACCUGAUCAGUUUCCCCUCGGAAGCGUGAAAUCAGCGAUGGCUGAUGAGAACGGAGUACGUCAUAUAUUGCUUUGCCGGGUGAUACUGGGGAAGACGGAGGAGGUGCCUCGUGGCUCCAGGCAAUGGUAUCCCACCAGCCAAGAAUUUGUUUCUGGGGUCGAUGACUCUGCGUCUCCCACCAACUACAUAGUGUGGAGCACUCACAUGAAUACUCAUAUCUUGCCCCUGUACCUUAUCAGUUUCAGAGUCUCCUCCUCCGCCUCUGGAGAAAGAAGAACAGAUGCGGCGGAGUUCCAAUUUAGAAAGCCGACUUCGCCGUGGAUUUCUUUUCCGGCUCUGCUUUCUGCACUGGCGAAAUACUUGCCUCCUCGCACCAUGAGAUUGAUUGCAGAGCAGCACAAGAAUUAUAAGGUUAGUGUUUGCCUGAUUGUCUGAUUAUAGAGUGAGUGCUUUCUUCUUCUUCUUCUUCUUCUUCUUCUUCUAUGAAUUCGUUCAUACGAAUUUGGUGCAGGAAAGGAAAAUCUCAAGGCAUGAAAUGAUACAAAGAAUGAGGAGGCUGGCUGGAGAUGAAAGGCUUGCAGCAAUCAUAAAAGCCCAUCGGCCGAAGAAUUCCCAUUCUGAGACAACAAUGUUCAAUUGUAUCCCUAGUAGAUUUCAUAAGACCAAAAGCAAAGAGUAGUAAAUGUAUGUUGAUAAGAAGAAUAUACUCAGAGUAGUGAUAUUGUUGUUCAUUCAGAUCAAAAGCAAAGAAUUCACAUUAUGUUAUGUAAGGCUGUUUUUUUCUGAUAUAGUUGUUCAUUCAGAUCAGACGCUCUUAGUUUUGUUACCAUUUUACCUUCAUCAUAUACGAAGUACAUAUGUUAUACAUAUA